AGGGAGGGAGAAGGGGACGGGGGGAGGGAGGGGAGGGAGGGAGAAGGGGACGGGGGAGGGAGGGAGGGGAGGGAGGGAGAAGGGGACGGGGAGGGAGGGAAAGUAGGAAAGAGAGGAAUGGGAGGGAGGGGGAAAUGCAGAGUGUGGGAGGGGAGGAGGAGAAGGGGAGAACGGGCGAGGAGGGCAGGGUGAGAGGGAGGGGUAUAUGGACGGGAUGUUGACGGGGUGGUGCAGUGGGCAGAGGGGAAGGUGGGGGAGAGGGUAUAUUUGUUGGGAUGUGGGGGUUUAUGGGAUCUGGAGGGUGCUGUGCAUCGAUGCUGGAGGGAGUGCGGACCUCCCUCCGUCGUGCUCCAGGACUGAGAGCCUGGGUGUCAGUGCUGCCCUUGUAGGUUGCCCCAGCCCUCUGAUGCAGAGUUGAGGGAUGAAUCAUCGAUUCCUCUGACCCCCGGCAGCUGGUCACAGACUUCCGAGUCUGACAGGAUUUAUUCUUUGAAGAAGAAAUGCCGUUGAUUGUUUACAGCAGAACAUCCAGUAACUUGGCCUGCGACUGCUGAGGGUUUUGGUGAGGCAGAAUUUGUUCCGUAUGUCCCAGAAAGGUUGUUGAAGUAAUAUGGAGAUGACCCAACUAGAGGGAGAAACACCGGACCUCCUGUUGGGAAAUGAUCUGCCAAGUGGUUGAUGUGUCAGUGGGGUAAACCUCUGCACCAGUGACCACAAUUCGAUUAAUUUCAAGAUAGUUAUGCAAAAAGAUGGGAUUGAUCCUCAAGUUAGUCCUCCACUAGGGGAAGGUUAAUUUUGAUGGCGUCGGACAGGAACUCAGAAGUUGAUUGAGAGACUGUUAACAGGUAAAGGGAUGUCGGGCAAGAGGGAAACUUUCAAAAGUGAGAUCUGGAGAGUUCAGGGCAAGCAUGUUCCUGAUGGAGUGAAGGGCAAGGCUGGCAGGAUUAGGGAACCCUGGCUGAUGAGGGAUAUUGAGGUACUGCUCAGAAUGACAGGUGAAAUUUAAGUCAUGCCAAGUGAAUCAUUUUGGGAAGUUAGACCAGGGCAGGAAAUGCACAGUAAGUGACAGGGCCCUGGGAGGGUUGUAGAACAGAGAGACUUUGGGGAUGCUGUUACAUAGUUGUCUGAAAAUGGGAACACAGAGUGGUGAGGAAGGUGGAGACACAGGAGACUGCAGAUGCCGGAAUCUGGAGCAACACACAAAGUGCUGGAGGAACUCAGUGGGUCGGGCGGCAUCUGAGGAGGAAAAUGGACAGUCAACAUCUUGGUCGAGACCCUUCAUUGGGCUGUUCUGGUGAUGUGAAGGAGCGCUCGGAACGUGCGGCCCUCCGACCCAGGGCUCGGUGAGCUUUAUGGAGCGAGCGGUUACGUGGAGGGAGUUUCAGCCCCCGGACGGCAGCGUGCAAACAUUGUACUGUGGGACCUGAAGCUGAUUCGACAGGAGUGUGUGGGCGAGAGGGGGGAGCACCGUGCGGGACACCCUUUGUACCGUGAGGCUGGACACGGCUCAGACAGCACAACGCCGCCACAAUGGUCCUGUGGGAGCUGCCUGCGCUCGGCGUCAGCACCGCCCUGGUGCUCUGCGCUCUCCUCCGGCCCCUGAUGUCGUUCAGGGCGAAGCGAGACCCGGUGGCCGGCUACCCGCCCUGUCCGAAGGGGCUGCCCGUUACCGGCAAUUUACAUCAGCUAAAUCUGCGGAAGCUUCACCUGUUUCUCAUGGAGCUGUCGGAGAGGUACGGGCCGAUCUUCUCGCUGCGCCUGGGAGGGGACCGGACGGUAGUGCUGAUGGGCUACGAGGUGGUGAAGGACGCUCUGGUCAACCACGCCGAGGAGCUUAUGGGGCAACACCAGAGCAGAAUGACAAAGGAGGUCAGAAAACAACGGGGUGAUCUUGGCCGAGGGCGAGUCCUGGAAACAGAUGCGCCGGUUCACCAUCUCCACCCUGCGGGAUGGGCAAGCGGCCGAUUUAAUUAUGAGGACGAAACGUUUGUCACCCUCAUCAAACUGGUGAACGAAAACCUGCAGCUUGUUGCGUCCCCUCAGGUCCAGGUGAGAGUCGCAGGUUACUGGCGUGAGUCCACGUGUACGGAGAACCUGCAGCAAAGGUCAACGUCAACCCGGACACUGAGAAUGGGUGGUGGCCUUUCACCUCCAGGCCUGGACACCUUAUCUGGAACCUCUGGGUUGGCCCAACGGGGACCAGGGAGGUUCCAGGUUCCAGGUUCCAACCACCCUGUGUCUGACCCCGACCCCCAGGUCAUCCCCACGAUGAUGAUCCACUCCCCCACCGUGUCUGACCCCGACCCCCACCAUGUCUCUGACCCCGAACCCAACCCCCACCCUGUGUCUGACCCCGACGCUGCCCCCGACCCCUCUCCCGAACAGAGAACCCUUUCACCUCCGUUCACCCUUCCCCCGCAGCUGGGCUACCUCCCCGGAGCUCACCGCAGGUUAGCGCGGAACAUCAGCAGGGUUCACAACUUCCUCCGAAGUUUCCUCAAAGAGAACCGUCAGGCGCUGAAGGAGGGCGAGGUGCGGAGCUUUACCGAUGUCUUCAUGGUGAAGCAGGAGGAGAAAGUGCAGGAGGGACUGGACACAGUGAUCGGCAGGGAGCGGCGUCCGGCGCUGGAUGACCGCAACACGGACGCCGUGAUCCAUGAGACGCAGAGGUUGGCAAACAUUGUCCCCCUGAACCUUCCUCACCGGACCACGGCCGACGUUAACUUCCGAGGAUAUUUCAUCCCCAAGGGCACUCACAUCAUCCCGCCGCUGACUUCGGUGCUGCGGGAAAGUCAGUGGGAGAGGCCGGGGGAGUUCUACCCGCCUCACUUCCUGGACGGAGAGGGGAGGGUCGUGAGGAGAGACGCCUUCAUGCCCUUCUCGGCAGGCCGCAGAUGGUGUGCGGGCGAGAGUCUGGCCAAGGCGGAGCUCUCCCUCUUCUUCAGCGCCCUGCUGCAGACACUCUCGUUCCGAGUGCCGGCGGGGGCUGCACCCCCGGACCUCACAGCCGUGGUGGGCAUCACACUCGCUCCACGGCCCCACCCUCUGCUGACGCUGCCCUCCGACCUCCGCCGCGCCAGCCCGGGCUGCCGAUUAAGGGGGCAAUGGACGCACCCAGCUGGACGGCCGGUGGGGACUGCCGGCACCCAGUUGUAA